UAUUAACCUUUGUGAUAUGAAGUAUUUGGCAUCAUACGCUCUAGCUCAAAUUGGAGGAAAUAAUGAACCAUCAUCUGAUGAAAUCUCUGCCAUUAUUAACGCUGCCGGUGGUGAUGUAGAUCUAGAAACCCUUAAUCAUUUUAUGUCUCUAAUGAAAGCUGAUUCGUUCGAAAACCUUAUUAAUAAAGGCUCAAAUAUGCUAUCAUGUGCUGGCGUAUCUACUUCCGCUGCGCCUGCCUCUGCUACUGGUGCUGCUCCCGUAGCAGAAACAGAAGCACCCGCUGCCCCUACUGAGACUGCAAAGAAGGCGCCACCUCCAGUUUCCAGCGACAGCGACUCGGACAUUAUGGAUAUUUUUGGAUAAUUAAUCUCAGUUUAUUGAUUUUUUUCUUUGGAUAAAUUGUUAUUUGACAAA